AUGUCGACUUCCGCCAUCCUGCUGGCAGGGAUUGGCCUUGAGCCGGCCACUGGGUCCGCGGAGAGGGAGCGCCAUGCCGCGCAAACCGGGGAUUGCUGGCCUCAAGGCCAGGCAACAGGCGCGGAAAUGCAGGGUGCGGCUUCCGGGGCAGAUGACCAUUCGCCUGCGCCAACGGAGAGGCUGUGUAACCAGUUUCAGGUGGCGGGAGAUCGAGCAAAGGAGACCCAGAAGGAGCAGAUGAAAACCCAGAUGGCGAGCUUUAAGAAGAGCUUGGAGGAGUUUGCGAUGAAAUACAAGCAGGACAUACGGAAGGAUCCCGUCUUCCGUGCUCAAUUCCACCAAAUGUGCGCAAACAUUGGCGUGGACCCUCUGUCCUCGAAUAAGGGGUAUUGGGCAAGUUUGUUGGGGCUCGGUGACUUCUACUAUGAAUUGGGAGUCCAAAUAAUUGAAAUAUGCAUCGCUGCAAGAACCGUGUCUGGCGGCCUUCUUGAUUUAAAUUUUCUAGAAAGGUCCCUUCUUGCUCGACGGGGAUCUGCUGCUGAAGCGGUGGCUCAAAGUGACAUCGUGGCAGCCAUCAAGAAGCUCAAGGUCUUGGGAAACGGAUAUGACCUUGUCACACUUGGCAGUAAGUCAUAUGUGAGGUCUGUGCCAGUGGAGCUCAACACAGACAAGAACCGAGUGCUGGAACUUGCACAGGACACGGGGUACCUUUCAAAAAGGGAGCUCAUGGAAAUGGCAAAGUGGUCGGACACGCGCGCGGAGGAAAGUCUCCAGGGCUUGUUGAGAGAAGGAUUCGCCAUGAUCGACGACGGAGCACCCUCUGGCGUCAGGCUGUACUGGUUCCCAUGCGUUGGCGUCAAAUUCGCCACCUGA